UAUGUUCAAUCCUCAAUUUUACCACCUGGACCAUUACCAAUACCAUUAAUUGGCAAUCUAUUAUCAUUGAGAGGUACCAAAAAUCAUUGGACCGAUGAAUUGAAAACAUAUAGUAAAAAAUAUGGAAAUAUAUUUACAUUUUGGAUGGGAAAUUUGCCCAUGGUAUUAAUCACUGACCCGUAUCUGGCCAGAAAUGUUUACCGUAAAAAUGAUUUAGCCGGACGUAGUAGUAUUUAUUUGUUUGAUAUAAUAAAGGAUAAUGGAGGUUGUAUAGAUAUUAUUGGCGCCGAUUAUGGCCAUACCUGGGAAGCCCUGAGACGGGUGUCACACGCGGCUGUUAUCAAAUACGCUAAAACUGAUAAACUAAUGUAUUUGUGUAACGAUUGUGUGGAUAAAACAGUUAAAUUAAUUAUAGAAAAGGAGGGCUUAAAUAAACCGUUUGAUCCGUCAGAUUAUAUCUUUCAAUUGUUUAUUAACAUAUUGGCUACCAGUGCUUUUGGUAAUUGGUAA